AAAUGUCAGUACAUCACAACGAAUAAUAGAUAACGCACGUAUUCAUCGUUUCAAUGACGUUACAAUUAUCGAUUUGUGAUAUUAAUAAUAAUUAUUUUAAUUUAUAUUAAUAGUCAAAUGAGUAUUUUUUGUGAAAUAAAUAUUUCUAGACCUGCUAGUGAAGAAUUCAAGCCUGGGGAUGCCGUGUCGGGACUAAUUGGGUAUGAAGUCGAUGAGAAGACUGUAUUUAAUAAAAUAACUGUUUCUUUAAAAGGAUAUGGAUAUUUACGUAUUGUAAACAGACACCAUAAAGAAGAUCCUAAAUACUAUAACAAAGAAGAAUAUGUUAAUAAUGAUAAUGUUAUAGUUGAUAGUGAAAUUGUGUUACCUAUCGGUGAAUAUGAAACAAAAUUUAGUUUCAAACUCCCAGAAAAUAUACCACCUUCUUUUGUGUAUCAUAAUAACAAAAAUGGUUAUUGUAUAAAAUGCAAAAUAUUUUAUUUUAUUCAAAUUAAAUUUAAUAGUCCUGAUGUAUUACGAUCACCAGAAUUAUUCAAGAAAGAGAUAAAAGUGGGAACAGUGCUUACUUCAAGUCUACUAAAAGAACCAACUGUAUAUAGUAAACAGAAGGAAAUAGUACAAUUGUUCUCCGGAAAUAACACGAUAACUAUAAAGGCUGGUAUUGACAAGUCAGUGAUCAACAAUUGUGAAAUGUUAAAAUUUCAUUAUAAAGUUAUAAAUGAUACAAAUGUUGCAAUAAACAGUGUUGAAGUGAAACUAGUGGAAGUACACACAUUUAAUGCAACUGGAUUGCAACCUGUAAAAAGGUAUAAUAAAGUUAAAGAAACAAAAUCUAGGACAGCUUCAAUAAAGGGUGGCGAUAUUCAAAAAAAGCAUUUCGAAAUCAUUGUGCCAUUUGAUAAGAAAACAUUGCAACAUUCCAAAAUAGUAAGCAGAGAUUACUUUGUUAAAAUACGUGUACUAUUGCCAUUGUUUCGCCAGAAUUUUGCACUUUAUAUUCCAAUCGAAGUCGGUGAUGAAAAUUUAACAGAACUAUUUGAAACACGACGAUCAUAUUGGGAGGUGAUGGAUGAAUGUAAGGUGAACAAAGUGAUAAACGAUAAGGAGCACUGUAUUACAAAUAAUGAAAUAUAAAAUAAAAGUGAAAGCAUUUGUAAAAGUAUUUUAUUUAAAUUAAAUAUUGUUUUAUAUA